ACAGAAGAGAAAUGGCAACACUGGGUGGCGUUAGCGAUGUUCAAGUAGCUGAAAACAGCGUCGAAAUCGAGAAUCUUGCUCGCUUUGCUGUUGAUGACCACAACAAAAAAGAGAAUGCAGUUCUGGAGUUUGUGAAGGUGAUUAGUGCAAAGAAGCAAGUGGUUUCUGGGACUAUGUACUAUAUCACUUUGGAGGCAAAUGAUGGUGGCAAGAAAAAGGUGUAUGAAACCAAGGUGUGGGAGAAGCCGUGGUUGAACUUCAAGGAGGUGCAGGAAUUCAAGCUCGUUGGUGAUGCUCCUUCUGAGUCCACUUCUUAGCCAGAAUAUGAUCAUCAAGCUUAUGCGGCUAGGAAAGAAAGAUGCAAAACCAAACAAGAAAUUUUGGAGGUCGAAUUCGCUUCCAUUGUCUAGAGAAUUUCCCUCAGUCUCAGAAUAUGAAGAUCCCUCGGUCAAAUUUUUAGAUGACACCAACAUUCAGAUUAUAAUAUCAUCAAAUGAACACAUUCACAGUUUAAGCCAUGAGCAAACACCGAUUGAAGCUGCUUCAGCUGCUGCCUCUCCGCAAGAUGAAAACAGAAGGGUGAAUGAAAUGACUCCAGAAGAUCUGAGUUCUUUAAAGCGACAACUAUAUGUAUAUGCACUCCACAAUAUGUGGCAGCAAGCACAACCCAUUUUUGGUACAUUUCCUGAUAUGGUACGCAUUCCAUUGACUGCUAGUGGAGACACAGCACUUCAUGUUGCAGUGAGCGCAAAUAGCAAUACAUUUGUACAAGGUUUGGUUAACCUUAUGACCCCAGAAGACCUGAGAAUACCAAACUCAGAUGGGAACACAGCUUUUUGCAUGGCUGCAAUUUCAGGCAAUGGUGAAGAUUUUCAAAUUAUGAUUGAAAAGAAUGAAAAUCUUCCUCUGAUCCCUGGACAUGAUGGGUUGCUUCCUGUUCACUUGGCUGCUUUAACUGGCCACCACAAAAUUGUGCAAUUUCUGUCCUCUCAGAAUCUGCUUCACAAAAUGGCUUCCAAGGAUAUUGAAUGGUUGUUUUUUAUGACCAUUAGUAGCAGCAUGUUUGGCAUGAAUGAGGGCAACGAUAAUAAAGAAGCUUCAUCAGGAACGGGUCUUGAAUUGCUUAAAAAACUAUGGUCACAUGUUAGACAAUUGGAAUACAAAAAGAUUUUGGAGUUGAUAACUCAACCUUCAGCACUAUUGUUUGACGCAGUAAAAUCAGGAAAUGUUGAAGCUGUGAAAUGGCUUCUUUACAUGAAUCGUGAACUUUUGACUAUAAAGGACCCCAGUAAUGGACGAAACCUAUUGCACUUCACUGUUUUAUAUCGACAAAGUAGCAUAUUUUUCUUUAUACUAAAAAUGACGACGGUGAACCUUGUACUACGAGCAGUGGACAAUGAUCGUAACAACAUUCUACACUUAGCUGCACAUCAACAAGAUGAAGCAUCCUCAAGUUUGAGACCAAACAUUCAAAUGCAAAGGGAGCUUGUAUGGUUCAAGGAAGUGGAGAAGAGAGUUCCUCAUGAAUUAAGGACAAUGAGGAACAACAAUGGCAAGACACCAAAUGAUAUAUUUUAUGAUAACCACAAAAAGUUAUCAAAAGAAGUUAAAGAUGCAGCCAAAGGAAUAGCUGACUCUGGCAUGCUGGUGACAACACUUAUUGCUACAGUAGCAUUUGCUGCAGCUCUCACUGUUCCUGGUGACAAGACCAAUGCAUGGUUUAUUGUCUUCAUCUUAACAAAUGCAGUGGCAUUGUUCUCUUCUUCUGCAUCUAUAAUCUCUUUCUUGUCAAUUUUCACUACAUCCAAGCUUGAUUCUUGGGCUUACCUUACUUUUUAUAUCCAUUGCCACUAUGGUCCUAGCUUUUGCUGCAGCAUCUUUUUUGAUAUUUGAUCAUACAUCCAAGUGGGUUGCAUAUGUAGUGGCUUCAAUGGGGAUUCUUCCAAUACUUUUGUUUCUUGUGCUUCAAUUUAGCCUUUUCGACGGUUUAGUUGACUACUUCUUCUGGUCUAGAUAUUAUCGCAUGUCCAAAAUCCAAUAAAUUCAUGCAUGCACGUGUACAUGGGCGCACACAUACAUAUAGAAUUAUUUGUUGGUGAAAUAAUCGAGGUUCUGUAUGAAUUCGAUUGUUGUAUAUAUAUGUAAUAUUUGUAUCAUAGGAGUAUUUAUUGUUAAUGUGUGUAUUAUUAUUACUCUUAUUUGAUUAAAAUUUAUAUAUUUUCUCUUAAUUGAUUUGGUUAACCGGUGAAAAAUAAUAAUAGAUACUCUGAAAAAAAAAAUUAAAUUGAAAUCCCAAGUCUAGCUUGGUUUGUCACAGGAGCUACAAAAUAAUAAUACUGCUGCAAUUACAAGCGUUGCUGAUCAUCAUCUUGUGUGUUUCCCUUUUAGAGUGCUGAGAGAUAACAAUCAUGAUUUUAUCAUUGAUGUUCUUUGAGAAUCAAAGUCAAUUUCCUAACAACACAGAAUGGCUAUAGCUAGUAGUGAAUUCCAAAGUUUAGAUAUAUAAGCAUAAACUUGUUCCCAAAGGUUGACUUUCCUUGUCUUUAUAAAUCUUGGGUACCUAGCUACGAACUCCUCUUAGUUGAAGAUUGUCAUUCAUGUUACCCAACAGUUUUAUGAAAAAUAAGUUGAAAAUUGAUAGGGUUUUGGUAGGUUGGAUUAAGCUAAUUAAGUUGUAAAAAGAAAUUUUGCAAAUCCUACUAAGCCGUGAUGGGUUAAAUAGACUGAUCCAUGGGACGCAUGACUAUCCAUUAACUAUAAUUCAUUUAAAUGGACAGUAAUUUGCCUUGUUCAUGACUCUCCAUGUUUACCCAAAGAUCAUUAAGUUGUUAGCAGACAACCAUUUCAUCAACUGCAAUAUCUUUGGGUUAGUAAGUACACAUUCCAAAUUCCACCUUAGAUAGAUGACACCACCUUGGGUCCAAUGUUGGUCUUUGCAUGUCCCACAUCGAUUAGUAUACAAAAAAAUCAGCCUUUAUAGUAUUUCUGACAAGCGUGUUAGAACGCCGAGCUGAGUAACGCCAGCUUGUAACUCGAGUGAGGGCAACAAAGUGGUGGGACAUGGCUUUGGCUUACCAGGUUGGAUUGGUCGUUGCACCAUGCUGGCUUGCCCGCUCCAAGUUGAGAGUCGAAGCAUGGCAUUUGAGCGAAGGCUCGGGUUUCAUGGUUCCUAGACGAGAGGGCACAGCGUGAGGCUGGUUUCACAGAGCAGCGAACACCUCUGGCUCCUGACAGUGGAGGGAUCACAAGCCACUGCACCUCCAUCCCACAAAGCUUGGUAAGCCUAGCCUCUUGAACCAUCACUUUUUUUGCACUUUCUCUUUCAGAUAAUAAUAUUUUUUACUUAUGAAGUGUUAUUUUCAAUUUAUGCUUGCUUUGGUUUUCUAAUCCUUCGCUAUUACUAAACGGAACAAUAUGUAUACUUUGACCCUGAACUAAAAAAGGUUGUGUAAGGAACAUUAUGUUUUAUUCACUUCUUCAAGUUCUAACACUUUUUUCAGCCUUUCAAAUGGCUUCAUAUUAAAUAAUAUUCUGCUUAAAACUCUCAAAACAUAAACACAUAAUAAAUUUGAGAUUUGUUUAUUAAUAAUAUACUAUAGAAACUCUAUUCUACCUAAUUAAAUAAUAUUCUGCUUAAAGUCUCCUUUUUCACGAUUAUAAAACGUGUCUACAAAUGCCUCAAGAAAAAAAAUCAAGGUGGAAGUCAUCUUCGUGGUUUAAGAACAGCUACGAAUUAAAAGUGUGAUACGUUGUUGCUUGUUAGUUGUUUGGGACAUGGAGGGUGCUAUUCGUGAAUAUCAUCACACUGUGAGAUUCAUAACACAGGGUCAGUUUGAGAUGUUUUGUAUCCAGCAGUAUCAACAUUGUAACUUGGAUCCCAUAUUCAUACAUUGCCCUUUAAAUAUCCCUGUCCUAAGUGCAAAACAACAACCGGUUUCUAGCACACUAUAUUUUAGAGGCCAUUGAUGGUGCUAAUAACAAGAGUAUGUAUGAUGAGGCUACGGUUUGGAAUGUACCAUGGUUGAGGUCCAGAAAACUUGAGGAUUUCAGACUCAUUAGUGACUACUCCCCUUCUGUCCAUAACGCAAUGGACUAGAUAUUUGUUAUUAUUGCAAAUGUGUUAUUGACAAUUUAAUAUCUCACUUAAACUCUUGUAAUAAAAAUUGACAAAAAUAAAUUUUUGUGUUCAUUUAAAUUAUCAAUUACUAUCCAUUUUGUUAAGUUAAUUGGGAUCUUAAGGGACCAAAUUGACAAAGCCGAAAGCACAGGUACAAAUUGCUAGCAUGUUUGUUGAAUAAGUUGUUAACCCCUUAACCCUCCCCUUUACAAAAUUGAACCAAUUAUCCUCUAAAUCAUCCAUUUAAAAUGGAAUAUAAAUCCACCUUGUUAAUCCAUUCCAACCUACCAUCCCUUCAUCAUUAGUUUGGGACAUGGACCUGAAGACACUGAUUUAACUCCAAUAGUAUCACAAACAGCUACCUCAGAUUCGAAUACGCGGGAUGUUUUACCAAAAGUUGUAAGCAGCAAACCAAUGCUUCAAGUCAUCACACAGCCAUACAACAUGGAGACACAAGUUAGGUAGGAUCAAGUAUUGGAACAGAUAUAUCCAUUAUUUGUCUUACAAGUUCCACAUCGACUAGUAUACAAAGAAAACCAUUCUUUAUAAGGCCUCUGACAAGCAUGUCAGAAUGCCGAGCUGAGUAACACCAGCUUGUGACUCGAGUGAGGGCUUUAAUGUGAUGGGACACGGCUUUGGCUUGCUGGGCUGGGAUGUUGGCGGCACCAUGCUGGCCUGCCCGCUCCAAGCUGAGAGUUGAAUCAUGGAAACUGAGCGAAGGCCCAGGUUUCAUGAUUCCUGGACAUGAGGGCACAGCGUGAGGCUGGUUUCACAGAGCAGCGAUCACCUCUGGCUCCUGGCAGUGGAUGGAUUACAGGCCGCUGCACCUUCACCCCACUAAGCCUGGUUCAUCUACAUUUCUUCAUCGUAGUCCUCUUCGUCUUCAUCAAUCCUAUUUAGGUUGGCUAGUUGCAUGGGAUCAAUGGCCAUUUUUUCCACAUCAGACAAGGACCAUCCCAGGUAUUCCUCAUGCUUCUCUUCUGACAUGGACUUAGCAGGUGAACUAGUUCGCACAGAAGUUGAUACAGCUAUUGAAUCCAUGUUCUCAUCUGGGUCCAUAUUUAAGUCAAAAUUUCGAACAGACACUUCGGCCGGUUUGUUAACUGGAAAGUUCUGCUUAACUUCUUCAGGUUCCAACACAUUUUCCAUGCUUUCAUUGCUUUGAGUGUGCCUGUCAUUUUGCUUCAAAAUGUCAGGAUCUUCUUCACAUUUGACAUGUGAAAUCAUCUCGUGAUCAACUGUUCUACUUCCUCGGCCACGACCCCUGCCUCGGCCCCUUCCCCUUCCUCUUCCACUUCCACCGUUAUGUCCAUGCUCUGGCUGUGCAAAUCAUGGAAAAGUAAAAACAAAGUUUCAUCAUUUGGAUAAUUUUAAUAUGAAGCAGCUGCCAGAUUCUACAGGGUUUGCUCAAUUACAACAGUAGUUUUCACCAAAAGCUUUGAAAAGUAGAUAGUUUUGGUUCUUUGCAAACAUGAUAAAAAGGUGUGCAGUGUGCAUAGACCAGAGAUAAACACUCAUUUAAU